CGGUCCCGGGGAGGCCUGGGGCCGCUGGCUUGUGCGCCGUCUCGGCCGCCCCCGCUUUCGCCGCCGCCGCCGCCGCCGCCGCCCCGGGCAUGUCGUCCAACUGCACCAGCACCACGGCGGUGGCGGUGGCGCCGCUCAGCGCCAGCAAGACCAAGACCAAGAAGAAGCAUUUCGUGUGCCAGAAAGUGAAGCUAUUCCGGGCCAGCGAGCCGAUCCUCAGCGUCCUGAUGUGGGGGGUGAACCACACGAUCAAUGAGCUGAGCAAUGUCCCUGUGCCUGUCAUGCUAAUGCCAGAUGACUUCAAAGCAUACAGCAAGAUCAAGGUGGACAAUCAUCUCUUCAAUAAGGAGAACCUCCCCAGCCGCUUCAAGUUUAAGGAGUACUGCCCCAUGGUGUUCCGGAAUCUCCGGGAGAGGUUUGGGAUUGAUGAUCAGGAUUACCAGAACUCAGUGACGCGCAGCGCCCCCAUCAACAGCGACAGCCAGGGCCGCUGUGGCACGCGCUUCCUCACCACCUACGACCGGCGCUUUGUCAUCAAGACCGUGUCAAGUGAGGAUGUGGCUGAGAUGCACAACAUCUUAAAGAAAUACCACCAGUUCAUAGUGGAGUGUCACGGCAGCACCCUUUUGCCGCAGUUCCUGGGCAUGUACCGCUUGACCGUGGACGGCGUCGAGACCUACAUGGUGGUCACCAGGAAUGUGUUCAGCCACCGGCUCACUGUCCACCGCAAGUACGACCUCAAGGGCUCUACUGUCGCCAGAGAAGCCAGUGAUAAGGAGAAGGCCAAGGACUUGCCAACAUUCAAAGACAACGACUUCCUCAAUGAAGGGCAGAAGCUGCAUGUGGGAGAGGAGAGUAAAAAGAACUUCCUGGAAAAACUGAAGCGGGACGUAGAGUUCCUGGCCCAGCUGAAGAUCAUGGACUACAGCCUGCUGGUGGGCAUCCACGACGUGGACCGGGCGGAGCAGGAGGAGAUGGAGGUGGAGGAGCGGGCCGAGGACGAGGAGUGCGAGAACGACGGGCUGGGGGGCAACCUGCUCUGCUCCUACGGCACGCCUCCCGACAGCCCGGGCAACCUCCUCAGCUUCCCCCGCUUCUUUGGCCCCGGGGAGUUCGACCCCUCUGUUGAUGUCUAUGCCAUGAAAAGCCAUGAAAGUGCCCCCAAGAAGGAGGUCUAUUUCAUGGCCAUCAUCGAUAUCCUCACACCGUACGACACGAAGAAGAAAGCUGCCCAUGCUGCCAAGACGGUGAAGCACGGGGUUUGCUAUUUAUAAUGAAGUAUGUCAUCACCCCAUCACCCUCCCCAUCCCUGCCCUGCUCUGAGCUCCCUUUAAAGAGGCCCCCCAUGGACCCGGCCGAGGGUCCAAGCACUCUGACACCAGAGGAGAGGAAGUCAGACACCUCAGCCCUGCUGCACUGGGUCUUGUCUGGAUUAACUUUUUAAUUUUAUGGAGUACUGUGUACAACUUCCUCCACCUUUUCGCCUCGGAUCCAAGUGAAACGUUACCGGAUUCCUCCAUGUAAAUGCUGUCCUCCCGAAGGAACGCUCCAGAUCAACAUCAGGCAUCUUGGAUGAGGAGAGAUCUCCCAGGGGCGUGAGUUCAUCCUCAUGGGAUGGUUGGGGGUGGGGGUCGUGGCUGGGCACUCGGACAGCUGGUCCUCACAGAACCCCCUGGACAUCACCCAUGCCCCUGGCCCCUGGCCUUGUCACGUCCUGUCUAUAAAGCCUGCCUCCCGCUGGGUCAAGAGGAACUAGGAAGCAUCUUUACGGAUAGCAGGACCCCCAGAUGCUGCGGGGUGUCAAAUGAGGCCUUGUGCCCUCCAUCCAUUUACUUCCUCUGACCUUGGCCCAGGUGGCCGCCCUUGUACUGGAGCUUUUUGCUGGGGCCCAUCUCCACACGCCUGGGGCGCUCCUUGCAGAGAUAUGUCUUCAAGCGCCAGGGCCACCGUGUAGAUGAUCUGAUGCCCUGUGCCUGCGGUCUGUCCCCUGGACGGUCGUGGCCAGCAGGGUGUGCGCCCCCCCCCCCACCUUGGAGGGUGGCACCCAAGCCUGAGGUUGCUUCAGAGUCACUUGAGGAGGGGACCCAGGAAAUGCAACUUGGAGGCUUGAUGUGGGGGAUCGACCUGGCCCCGCCUUUGGGACUGUUUUCCUUGAUGCCCCUGUCUCGACCUUUAGCAGACCUGCCACCCCCGGGCUUCCCCAGGAGUGGCAUCCUGCAGCUUUCUUCAGGGCCUCCGCCCAGCUGCUGAGCGACCCAGUUCUCGGAACUGAGCCCCGUGCCCUCCUGUGACACCAUCAGAGCAGUCUGGUCUGGCUAGGAAGGAGACAGCCCUGUGUCGGGGGAGGUUCAUUCCUGCAUCUUCUCACCCCCUCACCAGGAACUGGGGAUUUAGGAUGAGAUAUGGUAAAACUUGUAGAUAACCCCACAGAUGCGAAGGAAGUUUGUAGAAACAUUGGAACGAAUGGAUUGGUUUCCUGUGGCUCCCGCCAAGCCUGGCCGAGCUCAGCUUCUGAAGCAGGAACCAGCACCAUCUCCGGGCCCUACCCGCAGCUUUUAGGUCAGAGAGGAAUGGAGGCAGCAUUCUUGGACCCCGCGGGGGCUGCUGGAACCGUUCUGGAAGAGGCAAACAGGUCAAACGACCGCCCUGGCUCCGGAAAGGGGUCGCAGGUAGCUCUGAACCGCAGCGGCAAGACCACCAAGUGACUUGGGGAAGAACUUGGAACCAAGCGGCUCAUGGAGAAAAUCGAUCUGACUUAGGAAGGGAUUACGUAGGAAUAAUGUUUGGACUUGAUUUCUCCACCUCCUAAUCAAGAAUGAAAAUUUAGAUCUGCCCCUCGAGAGGCCCAGCAUCUUCCGAGCUUGGCGGGCUGUGCUCCCGCCGCCGCCCGAGCCUUGGGCUCCCGCCGGCUUCCUGCAUUUGGUCCGCUGAUCAUGUUGCCAUCGUGUGUAUGAAAAGUGUCA